UUCAUGGCCAGGCCGGGGGGUUCAGCGUUCAGGGUUCAGGGCGGCCACCAGCCCGCCGGGUCGGAGGACGCGCAGCUCGCCGGAGGCCCAAGGCCCGAGGGUCGAGGUGACACCGUAGGCCCGGGAGCCCGGACACAGCGAAGGAGCGGGAAGCGCAGGGGUCGGGCAGCCGUCCCGCGGCCCUGAGACGGCACGAUGCCGUCGGUGGAGAAGAAGCUGUUGUUCUUGUCGGCCUUUCUCACCAGCUUGGCCGCCUUAGUCGUGGUCUGCUCCGUGCUCGGGACCCAGGCCUGGGUCACCAGCCGGAUCGCCAUGAGCAACUCAAACAGCAGCAGCACCAUCGUCCUCACGUACGGCCUGCUCAGGGGCGUGAGCUCUCAAGAAGAGUUCAGCGGCCUCGGCCUGCCCACCCAGUACUUCGAAGUGAUCUCCCAGCUGAAGGGGUCGGAUCUCCACACCAUCCACUCCUUGGUCAUCCUGUUCCUGGUCCUCGCCAUGCUCUGCUCCCUCCUCAGCGCCGGGCUCAACUUAUACAACACCAUCAGCAACCCCGCGCAGACCUUUCUGGGACCGUCCGGAGUGUACGCCUCCAAUGCCUUCAAUGUGUUCUUUAUCAUUCUGUCCAUGAUACUCUUCGCGGUGAACAUGCAAAUCAACAACUUGUCUGUGGCCCUGGUCAAAAAGAUUUACCAACACUGGAGUUAUAGAGAAGCGACUCACAGGUACGGCUAUUCCUACUGGCUGAUGCUGCUUGUCCUGCUGCUGGAUGGAGCCACUACUGGCAUCAUCGUGGCUUUCCAGCACAUGAGAUAUAAAAAGAGGCAACAGCAGAAGAGACCCAUGGAAUACGCUCCAAAGGACGGGAUGUUGUUCUGAAGAGUCAGUGACCCAGCACCUCCCGUUUCCGUAGGCCAAGAAGAACUCGUCCCUCCCCCCCACAACCUGCCCUCCACCUUUCCCUCCACCCUUCCCUCCAUCUUCCCCUCCAUCCCUUCCCACAUCGCUCCCUCCCUCCAUCCCUCUGAUCUCAAUGUACAUCAUCCUUCCCAAAGCC